AUGUCGACCUCCCCGGCCUCAGACCCCCAAAUUCCGACCCCUCAAUCGCCGCCCCCGCUGACUACCAUCAGCGCUUUAGCCCGCUUCGAAUUCGAAGCUGGCAAGGCCAACGAUGGGACCAAGGUCUUGAUGAUCGAAUGGGAGGACCAAGACCACCGCCCCUCCUCCGGCUCCUGGCACGUCACCUGGGAAGGCAAGCAGGCUGUCCUCCCCGCCGACGAACAAGCCAACGACCACACCCGCCGCCUCUACUUCCUCCUACCACCCCACGUUACCAUCCCGCCCGUCAUCUCCCUCGCCUACGCGCCCCGGGACCAACGAGACGGUCCCGACCCUCCCCUCUCGCUCAACCCCCUCCCCGCCAUCUUCCCCCCGGAGCUGGGCGCCACGGGCUCCUCCGCCGGCCGCAAGGGCGUCCUGCACACCAUCUGGGCCAAGAAGCGCCUGCGCGUCCUUGACCAGGAGAUCCAGCAGGAAUGCGAGAGUAACGUCGAGGGCGUCGCCCUCCACAUGGCGCUGCAGGAGAAGGACUGGAUCGAGACCAAUUUCGGCGUCUCCAACCAGCACUCCCACCUGUCCAAGACGAAGGAUGCUGCUUCUACUGCGAACCCCGCGUAUCCCAUGGGACCGACGACCCCCGUGUCGCCCACGACGGGAGGGAAACUGGGCGAGAAACUCAAGGGACUGAAGUUGCAGACGGGGGAUGGGCAAUUGUCGCCUCUAUCGGACGCCCACCACCUCCUCUCCCCCGAAUCCCCCGACGUAGCCGUCUCCUCCUUCAACUCCUUCCACCGGCAGACGCAGCCCCAAUCCCAGACUCAACCGCAAACCCAACCCCACAUCAAAGCCGUCCUCCCCCCGGAAUCCAUCCAGGCGCAGCAACCCGCCCACGGCUUCGCCGCUAUGGGCACAAUGGGCACCAUGGGACGCUCAUCCGGCGGCGACGACGAACUCUUUGCCAAGGCAUUGAGUCCGCGCACGCCUGACCUCCCCCGGAGUCCGUUCUCGUUUGCGCCGGAGAGGUUGGUUUGA